AGGUUUUUAUGACAUCACUUCCAUUCAAAUUCCAUUGGUUAGAACUCCAUCAUAUGGCUUCACCUAAUGGUUUUUUAAACCCCUUAACCUAUUUUCUGGCUGCUGGUGCUGUUACUUUGGGAAUUGGUUUCUUUGCUUUGGCAUCAGCUUUGUGGUUCCUGAUUUGCAAACGAAGAGAAAUAUUUCAAAAUUCCAAAUUUAAAGCAACUGAUGAGAGAUGCAGGCAAAGAUCGUCAAAGGCAAAGAUUAAAUCUCAUUCUCAGUGUGUUUUUAUUUCUCGAAACUUUCAUACUGGAGGAUACCAAUUACAGGAGGAACAAAGAAAAAAGGAAACAGCAUGUAUAAAAGCAAAUAGAGAUCACUCUAAAGAUGAAUUCUGCCUUGCAACAAAAAAGGUCAUUUGUGACCCUUCAGAGACUAGCUCGACAACACAUCCCAGCAGUGUUACUUUAAGCUUAUCGACACUACAAUCUGAUUCUCAUUACAGCCAAAGUAUAGAUGCAGCUGAUGACUGGUUUUCUGACGAUACUCUAGCAAAAAAGAGCUCUCCAAUGCCUUUCCUCAGAGAACCUCUAAUGGAAAAAGUAUUUUCAUACCUGUCAACAAUUUCAUUAGAAGAAUGUACUGAAAAUGUACUGAAUAUGACACUUUAUGAUGAUCAGAAAGAUGACAGCAUUAAGGAAAUAUUUUCACGAAGAAAUGCAGAAGUUGAAAUACAAAAAUUUCAACAUAAUAUUGAAUGACUUUUUUCUUUUGAAACUUUGUGUACACUGAAAUCAUGGAAAGUUAAAACCAAAUUACCAGCUUCUGAGUCUCUUAAAAUGUCCAUACUAAUAUUACUUUUCUUAUUCCUUGCCAUAUAGUGGUCCUACUUCCCUUGCUGAUUCUUAUUUCUAGAAAUAAUUACAGGAAGAAUUAGAGUGACAUCUUGAACAUUAAGCUUAACUCCUUGUAUCUCAUCAAAAGAUAUAACAAAUAAUACAAAUAUAUUUCGACAUGCAGGAAAAUAAGAAAUCUUCAGCACAAAUAGAGUUUUGAAUAAAACAUUCACAACAUUCC